CAGAGGUUUGCCACAUCCUAGAGCUAUCACUUUGCCUUACCUCACUAAUAACACUCCCCACUUAUUCCACUCUCCCCCCUCCCACCUUCCUUCCUCCCUUGUGUCAGUGUGUGCAUGCAUUUGCAUGUCUUUCCCUCCUGCUCUCUGGUGUAUUUCACCUCUUGUGACUGCUGCAGGCUCCUCCUGCAAUCUGCAAAAGGAAACUUCCCUGCAAUAGGCUUGGCUCUUCCUCUCUGAUCCCAAGUCCACUUGCCUCAAACCAAGACUCCCCAGAAAGGAAACUUAGCUCCAACCCUUCCCCCCAUCUAUCCAAACUGCAUAGCAGUGCAGUGCCCACAGCUGUUAUUUUUCCUGAGCUGCAGCUUCAGGUUGUUGCUGCCCUACUCCUGGCUACUAUUUCAGUCUCUUUGCUGCUUUUUCCCCUCUCGCAAGGGCCUGCACAUAACAAGUUCCACAGAUCUUCUGAGAGAGCGCUAGAUGCUAAUGCUAACUUCAGCGCCAUGCGUCCCAGACUGGUGAUGUAACUGCACAAGAGAACUUUGGGCAAAAUUCACCAUGGGCGCAAACACCUCCAGCAAGCCACCGGUCUUCGAUGAAAAUGAAGAGGUGACCUUUGACCACUUUGAAAUUUUGCGAGCCAUUGGGAAAGGCAGCUUUGGAAAGGUCUGCAUUGUACAGAAGAAUGACACCAAGAAAAUGUAUGCCAUGAAAUACAUGAACAAACAGAAGUGUGUGGAGCGUAAUGAAGUGAGAAAUGUGUUCAAAGAGCUGCAGAUUAUGCAGGGCCUGGAACACCCCUUCCUGGUUAAUUUGUGGUACUCAUUCCAAGAUGAGGAGGACAUGUUCAUGGUGGUGGAUCUACUUCUUGGAGGAGAUCUGCGUUAUCAUCUACAGCAAAAUGUUCGAUUUCAAGAAGGCACUGUGAAACUCUUCAUCUGUGAGCUGGCAUUGGCACUGGACUAUCUCCAGAGCAGACGCAUCAUCCACAGGGACAUGAAGCCAGACAACAUUUUACUGGAUGAGCACGGACAUGUGCACAUCACAGAUUUCAACAUUGCCACGAUACUGACUAAAGGGAUGCAGGUCACCACGAUCGCAGGCACAAAGCCAUAUAUGGCGCCUGAGAUGUUUAACUCAAAAAAACCUACAGGCUAUUCCUUUGCUGUUGACUGGUGGUCUUUAGGAAUUACUGCCUAUGAGCUACUUAGAGGCCGGAGGCCCUAUCACAUUCGCUCCAACACAUCGCCAAACGAAAUUGCUCACGUGUUCAGGACAGCUACUGUAAUGUAUCCCGCUGCUUGGUCUAAAGAAAUGGUAUCGCUACUCAAAAAGUUGCUUGAGCCAAAUCCCGAGGAACGUUUUGCUCAGCUGAAAGAUAUCCAGGACUUUCCGUAUCUGGCUGAUAUUAACUGGGAUGCAGUCCUACAGAAGAGGAUAAUGCCAGGAUUCAUUCCCACUAAAGGGAGACUGAAUUGUGACCCAACCUUCGAACUUGAAGAAAUGAUCCUGGAGUCCAAACCUCUUCAUAAGAAAAAGAAGCGCUUAGCUAAGAAGGAGAAAGAUACCAACAAAAGCUAUUCCUCACAGGGCUGCCGUCUUCAGAAGCACCUGGAGUCACUGCAAAGGGACUUCAUUGUUUUCAACAGAGAAAAGGGACAGGCUGAGGAGGAGAGAACCAGUAAUUCAAUAAAAGAAAACCAAAUACCCAAAAGUGUGCGCCAGCUUCAUAAACCCCAGAGUGGAGACUGCCUCAGAACACUCAGAACCCCUCAUCAUCUGCUCCAGAGCUGAAUCUAGAGCCUAGAUGAGGAGACACCACAAUGAAAUCCAAGAGAAUAUAACACUGGCACAAACCAAAGACCCAGAAGAAGAAGACAGCCAGAACAACAACCUUUGAGCUCACUUAGCCUCUGCCCUGGUGUGUUCCCCAAGGGUUCGUUGCACACCUACACGUUCAUGGAGCUCGGUGAACAGAAUUAUCCACUGAUAAAAAGACAACGCACAUACCCCAGCACAGGGCAUCUGCACCUUUCUUUUCCUCCUUCCACCUUAAGUCAGGUGGAUACAGGGGGCCAGGGAGAGGUUUUUAGUACUGCCCCUGCAAAUAACCUGCCAAAAUAAACAAGAGUCAGAUCCUCCUCUGCCAGAGAUGGUUGCAGGAAUUUGACCAAAAGAUGUGGUCUCUUUUUCAGAAGAGACCCUGAGUGCAGGAAGGAGGAGCUUAUCCUUGUGGGGCAGGAUGCCUGCUGGCACAACAUUUGGGUAUUGAGUGCCUACUGUAAAUCUGGGCGAGGGAUCAGUUGAUUGCCAGUGGAAAGCAACAGAAGGGUAUUUAAUGCAUAAUUAGGUCUGUCACAUAGAAUCAAUAUUAGAGAUGAGCCGGCAGCAAAAUCACAGACCUAAACUCUUUGGAAGUUUGGAUUUUGACAUGAGCCUCAUAGCUUAGACUCAUCUCUAAUUGUUAGAGGCAGAAGGGGCUGCUCUCAGCUGCAGGGCAGAAGACAGGAUCUUUGCUUCCAGCAGGGUCUCUUUCUAAUAUUUCUUUAGUCUGUGGUAGGGAAAUGAUCUAGUUCCUCACUAUGGGGAAAAGGCAAUAAUGGUUCUUAUGUUUGUUUUGCUGUCUCUGAGUGAUGAAAUUCCCUAGCUUCCCUGACCUUAUGCUAUUGGGUAGGGCUGGCUCAGCAAUGGCUAAGAACAUGUGAACAAUGGGGACUGGUAGGAAAACCUACUCUUUUGGGUCAGAAGAGGUAGUAGCUCUGUAUUGCUGGAUAACACGCUAGGGUGGCUGCUUCACUAGCACAUACUACAGACUAAGUUCACCACUGGCAUAAGCAGAUGAAACUCCAUUGAGUCCAAUGGGGUUGUGGCCCCUUACACCAGAGGUAAAUUUGGUUAUGCAUCUUUAAGUGUGAUAGAAGGUCAACUUUGUAGUCUCGAUUUCCCUUUCACUAAGGUGUUAGACAUGAACAUUAUGGACCAAAUUCAGCCCUGGUCUAAGCAGCCACAAUGCCCAGUGGUAACUGCACCAACUUACACCAAGGCUGAAAUUGGCCAAAGCACCUGGUUUAUAGUAAUGCUGUGAAUGAUGCUAUCUUUGUAAAGCAUUAGGACUCUGACUUCUCACCUUUUUUUGCUUCUGUCUUACUCUCACUGUGUUAAACUGUCUCCCAUCUGCCCAAAACUGUUCUUUGUAUCCCCCUGCAACUUCCUUUCUCUCCUUGUCUGAAUAAAAACAAGGUAUGAGACUCCUUCCCAGACAAUCAAAAGCCAGUGUUGUUUCUGAGGUCACUUGUAUUUCAAGCCAAAGUGUGAGUUUCCACUGUU